AUGUUGGGACUUGCUGCGGACGGUUUCAAGGCCAUCACGAACCGCGUCAGCGGCAGCGUCUGCCUCACCGCCACCGUAGCCUGCGUGGCAUACUACACCGUCUGGGCCCUGGUCAUGCCUUUCCUGCCUGCGGAUGCCAUGGUGCAGGAACUCUUCCCGGACCGCAUUUGGGCCGUGCGGGCGCCGUCGCUCAUCCUCGUCGUCGGCCUGGGCAGCGUUGGCAUCUUCAUCGGACUGACGAUCCGGGGCGACGUCGGAUCCGAAGCGGACCCGGCCUACGCCAGGCCGGUCAGCCAUCGAGCGCGGGCAAAUGACGUACGGCAGGACCCCUCUGAGCUGGAAAACGGGUCGGUCCGAUCCGGAUCAAGAAGAAAUCGACGCCCAGACCAGGCCCGCCGGCGCGAAACCGAGGCCGGUCAAAGCCAGUCGUGA